AAAUUUGCUAUUUCAAUAGGAUCAAAAGAUCCCGCAAAGCACUUCCUGGACGGGUCUCUGGAGACUGAAUCGUAUAGGUUUACAUCGUUGACGAAGGAGAAAGUAAGGCCUAUACAAUGGACGGUGGCGGAGAUGAAAUAUCAGAUGAACGGAUAGCGGAGGCUUGUCUCAGAGGGGUCAUGGAGGAGGAGCUGAGGGAGGGCCACCUGGACGUCGAGGCUCCGGCGCUGCCACCGGGCCCCGAGCCGCAGAGUGAGGCGGAGAGAGAUUUGAUGGAUGAGUUGGGCCGAAGGGUUCGCCAACAGAGCUCCCUUCUCAAAGGCAACCAAGAGUUACAAGACUCCAUCGAUGGGGUGAUUCGAAUGCCAGGUUCAAUGAUGGACAAGUUCUCACAGCUGGCAGGCAAAGUGUUUAAGAAUGGAGUGACCUGGGAUAAAAUCAUAUCGCUGUUCUAUGUUGCCGGAAGGAUGGCAAUAAAGGUGAUGGAAGAUAAUCUGCCUCUACUGGUGAUUGAGAUCUUCAAGAUAGCGUUGAAUUACUUCAAGGAGAAACUACUGGGCUGGGUCGGUAGCCAUGGAGGAUGGGUAGGUUACUACUGGGCUGGGUCGGUAGCCAUGGAGGAUGGGUAG